AUGGCUACAAAAAAAGUAGAAAAUGAAUCCGCUCAAUAUUCUUGGAUUGUUCCACAGGAAUAUUGCUGGAUUGCAGAAUAAAACUUGAAUGAUUAAAAUUCAGAGGUAUUUGUACCUGCUUAGAUUUUAGGUUUUAACAAAAUUACAAGAAUGGCUACUUGUUAGUUAAGCAGUGGUGGCGAUCCUAAGGAAAUUCAAGCAGAUAGAUUGCUAAUCAGGAAUGAAUAAAAUGAGACAUUUGAUGACAUGGUUAAUAUGGAUUUGUUAAAUGAAGCAGAGCUUCUCUAAAAUUUAAGAAAAAGAUAUGAUGAAAAUAAAAUUUAUACAUAUGUUGGACCAACAUUGUUGGCUGUAAACCCUUUCAAAAAGAUAGAUAAUCUAUAUGAAGAGUAAACUCUCCUGAAAUAUAUAUCGAUUAUUGAAAACUUUUCAGAAAAGAAUCUUCAUAAGAAAAUUCCUCCUCAUGUUUAUGGUCUCACAGCUGAGUCUUUUAAGGAUUUAUUUUUAAAUGAAAAGAACCAAGCUCUAGUUAUUUCGGGUGAAUCUGGCGCUGGAAAAACUGAAAACACAAAAUAUUGUAUGAAAUUUUUAACAUCUCUUGGUAAUUUAGAAUUAACUAGCUAAGAAAAGCUUACAGGAGUUAAAGACCUCGAAGUUAAAAGAAGAAAAUCAUCUUAUUAAGCUAAAAUUCAUAAUAGGCCUUCAAUAGAAGACAAAAUUUUGAGCUGCAAUCCAAUUUUAGAAGCUUUUGGUAAUGCUAAAACAGUGAGAAAUGAUAACUCGAGUAGAUUUGGUAAAUAUGUAACAAUUAUAGUGAAUAAACAUAAUAAAAUGAUUGAAGGAGCUUAAAUUGUUAACUAUCUCCUAGAAAAAGCUCGUAUAACCAACUAGGGAUAGGGAGAGAGAAGCUUCCACAUAUUUUAUCACUUUUUAAAGGGUGCUGAUAAAGAGUGUUUGCAGAGAUAUGGACUUGAGUAUCCUGUUUCUUUUGAAAAGUAUGCAUAUUUAUCAUAGUCAAAGUGCUACGCUGUUGAUAAAAUAGACGACAUCAAACUGUUUUAAGAAGUCAAUCAAUCAUUUUAGAUUUUAGGAUUUGAAAAUGUUUAAGAUUCUAUUUAUUGCUUUAUUUCAGCUAUCCUUUUACUAGGAAACUUACAAUUUAAUGACAAAACCUUAUCUAACGAUAAUCCUUGCUCGAUUUUAAAUUUAGAAGUUCUAAGCUAAAUUGCUAAGCUUCUUCAAAUUGAUGAAAAGUAGCUUAUAGAAGGCUUUACUUUUAGGUUAAGAGUGAUUCAAAAAUAAAAUUUUAUGAGUCCUUUGUAAAAAAUAGAAUGCAUUAAUACUAAAGAUAGCUUGUCUAAGUAUUUAUAUGAAAGAAUGUUCAAUUUAAUUGUGUAAAAGCUUAACGAAAUAAUAGUGCCAAAAGAAAGCAUAGACGAGUCUAAAAUAAGUAAAAUAGGGCUUCUAGACAUAUACGGCUUUGAAGUAUUCAAAGAAAAUGGUUUUGAAUAGUUUUUUAUUAACUACACUAACGAAAAAUUGCAACAACUCUAUAUUUAAUAUGUAUUUAAGUAAGAAGAGCAAGUCUUUGUAAAAGAAGGACUUGAAAGCUACCUCCAAUAUUUAAGUUUUACAGAUAAUAAACCUGUUAUUGAUUUAUUAGACAUGCCACCUAGCGGUAUAUUUAAUAUAUUAGAUGAUAUUUGCUAGACAAAAGGUAAUGAUGAAAAGUUUUUGAACAAAAUCCGCUAAACACAUAAAAACAACAAAUAUUUUCAGAUUCCCAGAAUCACUGCAAAGCCAACUUUUACUAUUGUUCAUUCUGCUAAGGAAGUAGAAUAUACUGCCACAGUUUUUACUGAGAAAAAUUAAGAUGAAAUUUAAGAGCUGAUAAUGAAUGCUUUAUUAUAGUCUAAAAAUGAACUACUCUCCUCAUUAGCUUAGCAGGAAAUUGAAUCAAACAAGAACAAAAAAAAGGAAAAAUCUUUGGGAAGUAAAUUUAGAACGGAAAUGUAAUAUUUAAUGAAUGACUUAAUGGCUUGUGACUGUCAUUUCAUAAGAUGCAUAAAGCCCAAUGAAGAAAAGAAAGCAAAUUGUUUUAGACCCGUUAAUGCCCUUUAGCAAGUAAGAUAUUUAGGUGUCUUAGAAUCUAUUAAAGUUAGAAAGUAAUCAUAUCCAAUAAGAAAAAAUUACUAGCUUUUCUACAAAAGAUACUCACUUAUAAACUAAGAUUUUAAGCCUUAUCAGCAACUGUGUUAAGAAGACGCUGACUUUAUUUCUCUAAGCAAAGGCUUGUUCAAGACAGUGUUCAAAGGUAUAGAUGGCAAUGGAAAUAUAUUAUUUGGAAAAUCAAGAAUUUUCAUGUAAAACAGAGCUCUAAAUGACAUAGAAUAAGUGUAUGAAAACAAAUUAGAACAGCUAAACAAAACUGCAAAGAGAUUCUAAAAAGCUUAUUACUCUUAUAAAUAAUUAAAAAAGCUAAGGAGAUGGUUCUAGCUUAUUAGGAUAUGCUAACAGCUGAUAAAGGUGAAGAUCUUAUACAAGAAAUUUAAGGAUUAAAGAAAAAAAGCAUAGAAGAUAUAAAAUUGGUAUCGAAGACAUUUGCAGAGAGAGCUCAUUAGAAAAUAUAGACAGUCUGCUUUAGUCAUAUAAAACUAUAUUAAUUAUGCAAUAAAACUUGAAUAUUUUAGCAUUGUCAAGAAAAAUGUUCUUGUGAUACAAAAAUGUAUUAGAAAAUUUUUGGAAAAAGCUAGGUUAAGAAAUAUUUAGCAUUGCAAGGAUAAAAUAGAGAAUGAAGUGUUAAACUUUGCAUGGAAUUUUAUUAGAAAAAGGUCUUGCAUUUAGAUUUAAAAAAUUAUUCGCGGUUUUUUGGCAAGGCAGAAGCUCAGGGAAAUGAUUUUAAGAGUAAAGAUGGUUGGAAGAAUGAUAAGGGAAAGAAAGGCUGCUACUAAAAUUCAAACUAAUUACAGAAUGCAUACUAAUAGAAAGAAAUUUUUAGAAAAAAAGAAAGCUGCUAUGAAGAUUUAGGCUUUUAUAAAGAUGAAAAUCUUGUCUGCGUUUUACAAAUAAUUAAAAUUCUCCACAAAUAAAAUACAAAAAGCUAUGAGGAAAUUUUUGAUUAAAAAGCAUAUCAGAUUAGAAAGAUUGUAGUCUUAUGUUAAUUAAUGUGACUUUAAAAAUUUACUUUCUACUGAAUAGUCUAACUCACUUGGAUAAGCUGAAGAAAAUAAUUUAUACUCUAAUGUUUAAGAGAUGUAUUACAUAUAAAAAAAGAUCUAAUAUAAAAGAAAAAAUGCUGGUAAAAAAAUGACUUUGAAUAACAAAAAGGUAUCUGAAACGAUUAUUCCUGGAAUUUAAAUACAAAAGAAAACAUCUAUCAAACCACUUUUUAGCUCUCAAAAGAGUUAAGAAUAAAUUUCAAAAAUGGUAAACAAAUAAGUAUGUGAGAAUUCUUAAUAAAAACCAACAUCAGAAGGGAAUAAAAAUAAGAUUAAGCUUAAAUAAAUAUCAUAAUAGUAAUUUAAUAAUUAGACUGAUGAAAAUAAACUACAAAAUUCUCAUGAAAGAGAUCAUUCUUAAGAUAUCGUCAAUAGCAACAGCUGUAUUGAUUUACAAGAUAUUUUAGAUAGGCAUCAAGCAUAAAAAACAAAUAUAAUAAGCCCAUUAAAAAUAGAAGACCAAAAAGCUAUCACGAACUAAUCAAAUGUUGCUAAAAGGUAAAAGCUGAGAUAAAAAGAAAAUGAAUCAGAUUAAAAUAAAUAAUUUAGAAAGAGCAUAUUAAACUCAAUGGAGAAUCCCUCCAAUAAUAAAUUAGAUAAUUCUAACUAAAAUACCUAAGAAUAAAAAAUUCAAGACAUGUACUAUUAUACUUCUGAUCUUGCUAAAAUGCAUAACCAAACAUCCCCUUAAAAAAUAAACUGCACCUAAUAAGUCCUUCCUAAAAAUCUUACAAAUAUUCAAUCGCCGCUAAAUAAAACUUCAAGAGCUAAUGAAAGCAAUUAAAAUAUCAAAAAAACAUAACUGAUAGAUUCUUAGUAUAAAUUAACAUUGGUACCUUAGAAAGUUUACAUGAUUUCUCAUCUGAUAGAUUUUGAAAUUUUAUCUGAUACGAAAGAUAUUUAUCCACCUAAUGGCUGGUCAGAGUACUUCUAAUAGCAAUUCCAACAAAGCUAUUUGAAAAAAGAUUACUUGUAAGCCAUUUACAUUGGAGAAACACACACUGUUGCAGUUAGCAAUAACAAUUAACUUUACACAUGGGGAUGGAAUGAUUUUGGGUAGCUUGGAACUCCAGAGGAGAUAUCAGAAAAUGAACUUAAAAUUAAUAACAUAUCAAUGAUAGAUCAGAUUUAAAUUGAGUAGGCAAGUGUUGGUAAUGAUUUUACUUUAAUUUUAUCAAAAGAAGGAAAGCUAUUUGGAUGGGGAAAAAAUAAUAAAGGAUAGCUUGGAUUUUAUGAUGAUGAAGGACUAAUAAAAAAUGUGGAUAUUCCUAUGGAAAUAAUCUCAGUUAAAGAAGAUAAAAUAAAAGGCAUCAAAUGUAGAAUGAAUUCAGCCUACAUUAUCUUAAAUAAUGGCUCUGUUUAUACAAAUUAAAAGUAUAGUCCUUACUAGAAAAUUAACUUCUCUUAGAAAGUAGAAAGAGUUUCAUGUGGAUUUAAUUUUACAGUAUUUUUAACCACUAGCCAUUAAAUAUACUCUUAUGGAAAAAAUUAGCAUGGGUAGCUAGGUUUGGGUGACUUCGUACAAAGAAAAGAACCAACUUUGAUUCCCUUCUUCAAAACAAACUAAAUUAACUAGGUGGAGUGUGGAUUUGCUCAUGUUGUUUGCUAGACAAACUAUGGAAGAGUAUACGUGUGGGGAUGGGGAUAAUGCGGUUAACUAGGUCUUGGAGAUUAUCAAGAUUAGCAAGAACCUUAGUUGUGUAACUUAAAUAAUCUUUAUAAAGAUAUAGUUAUUUAAGUUUGUGCUACUAGAACAAGUACCUUGCUUUUACUUAAUAACUCAGAUAUCCUUUGGUUUGGCACUAAUCAAAGCAUUAAAUACUAAGAAAAUCCAACGAUUUACAAAGUAUCGGAAAAGCUAAAACAACUAGAAGGAACUUUUUGCAUGAGAUUAACAAGCUCAUGGAGUAAAACACUUGGUGUUGUCUAUGGUACUUUUGCUUUUAGCAAAGAUUUAAGUGAUAGUGUUCUUUAGUCCACAUGCAAUACCCUAACAAAAAAAUGGGUUAAAUAGAAUAUUGAUUAAAUUAAACCACCUACAAUUUAGAGCAUUAUUCACAAAUUACCUCAAUAAUAUAUUGAUUUGAAAGAAAGCCCAAAAAAAGCUAAGAAUAUUUCUGACCUUGUACAAAAAACUUAAUCUCCUUAAAUAGUAAAAGUAGAGGAUUUUUCUAAUAUCAGCAAUAUAUAAGAAGCUAGCUUUGUUUAAUUCGAUGUUGAAAAGAGUUUGAAUGAAUUUUAACAAAGAGAGGAUGAAGAGAGAAAAAAACUUAAAGAACUUAAAAAUAAAAUAGAGUUCUUGAAGACCCUUCCAUAAAAAUAAUUAAGGUAAAUAGAUAAACAACUCAUUUAGCUCUACGAACAAAAGCAAUACAGCUAAAUUCUAUCAAAUAAAAAAUUCUUUAAUUGA